AUGGCAAACUACUUUAAAACCGCUGCGGUGUCUUCACUACUGCUAACAGCUACGAGCAACGCCGCAGUGCUCGCCCCGGCCAAUGAUAUUCUAUUUCCCUCGAGCAAAACAGCACAGAGUCCUCUUCAGUAUUCAGGUGGAAAUAGCCCUUACUUUGCAGGUCCGAAUGUCAAUGGAGUGAGCAACGAGACGCCUGAAAAGUGCACAGUGCAACAGGCUGCUUAUGUUGUGAGACACGGGAGCAGAUUCCCCGAUACAGGGUCGUACAAUAGCUGGGUGGCACUCCAAGAGAAGAUUCAAAUUGCCGUCAAUGGCACGGGUUUUAAUGCUCGCGGCUCGCUUUCGUUCAUCGAGGAUUGGAGUCCGGUGUUGACAAAUCCAACCCUUCAAAUAGCCCAGGAGUCUAUGACAGGAUGGAAAGAGGCUAGUGAUCUUGGUUAUCAGCUUCGAGCUCGGUACCCCGACUUUUACGAGGAUGGUAGCCCGUUUUACGUUUGGGCGAAUCAAUACAAGAAUCCCAUCAACGAGUCCCGAGUAGUCCAAACCGCUCGUGCUUUCGUCAAUGGUUACCUCUAUGAGUUUGCCGAUACAUACGGAACGGUUAUCAGCGUCAACUCAACUGGCUCCGUGAAUGCCAUUGGUAACUCGCUCGGGCCAUCAGACUCGUGUCCAACCUUUGCGUCUACCUCCAGCGGAGGCAACAAUGUGACAGACUUCGACGAUACAUGGGUCCCAAGAGCGUUAAAACGUAUCAACUCUUUAGUAAAAGGGAAUCUCACCUUUGAUGAGACUGACAUCCUCUUCUUCCCCUACUUGUGCGGGUACGAGAGUCAGAUCACUGGCAACCUCAGUCCCUGGUGUGGGGUGUUCACUGAGGAUGAGUUGCGCAACUAUGCGUAUUCCCAGGAUUUGAGCUACUAUUAUGGCGUCGGCCCCGGUGCAGAUGGGCCUGCGCCGGUGCUCUUCUUGCCGUUCCUUGAGAGUCUGACGGAACUGCUCAGCAAAGGACCUAGUCAGACCGGCGUCGAUGCUGACGGGAAUCCAUUUACGGUCCCCAAUUUGAUCAUGGCGUUUUUAAACGACAAUCAAAUUGCGGAGAUGACGGCAGCCAUGGGGAUUUUCGACGAGGAAGCCCCCCUUUCUUCCACGCGCCUUCCAAAGAAUCACCUUUAUAAUAUUGCCCAUUGGAUUACCAUGCGCGGCACUGUCGCAUUUGAGGUAUUGAAUUGCAGCACUGGAAAUAAACACGGCUCUUCGACUGAGCCUUAUAUUCGGGUGCUGUUCAAUGAUGCGGUUUAUCCUAUUGCGAGCUGCCAUGAUGGGCCGGGUAAGAGCUGUCUCUUGUCCAAGUAUGUGUCUCUUCUCAAGAAGAAGAGCCAGAAGGCAGGCAGUUUCAUUGAGUACUGCAAUGUGACCGGGUCUAAUCACCCCGAGACCGUGGGUGGCGCCAGCUUCUUUACCGAUCUGUCGCUGGACUUUUUGACUUUUGUCAAGCCUUGA